AUGUUGGCAAACCAUCCAGACCUACAGUCUGGGAUUCCGAGAGGUGUGGCUCAACAGCAUGAGCCCAGAAGCGAGUAUAUUGCUGUUCGGUCAGUUCCAGAGUACUUCCCCGAGCUGCCAUGGACUCUGUUCAAGACAACAAAGAGUCUAGAAGUAGCAGUGGACGAUGUCUGGGUUGGCAAUACCCCCGGUUUGGGGCUCCCUGUACCGUGUCUUACCCAGGAAGUCUACCCAAUUAAACUCACACACGUCAUUCUUUCUGCGCCGGGGCAUUUGUAUGACAAUCUCGCUGCAAAGAAGGAAGGCCUCAAGUCCAAGCUACCACCGGUUAUUCGUCAGGGAGACUUUCUCGAGGACUUACUAUGCAGAGUUCGCGCAUGCGACCCAGUAGAGCAGGGUGUCAUGACAGACGAAACGGUUAUUUCGGUGGUCAAAGACCAAGAAAGCACCGCGCAGGAAGAAGAAGCAGACUAUGGCGUCGAGAUCUCACAGUUUCUGCAAACUGAAGUCGAUGUUAUUGAGCUCAAAGUCAAGACUUUGGAGCACAUGAUUCCUCUCAGCGGAAUCAUUCCUAGACCAAGUCCGUCUGAGGACUUGGAAAGUGUGGUUUUCAUGCGUAUUGACCAAAUAGCCCGGCUAGGGGCUUUUUCAGGCGACCUCGUCCAGGUCACAUCCGGCACGGGCUCUCGCAUUCUGAGGCUAUAUUCCUAUCCAGAACCAAACAAUGCGUCUUCAGAAUUCAUAUUUCUUCCUCCUGUAUUGUCCUAUAAUAUGGGAAGUCCGAUGAAAAUCUCUGUGCAGCGCUGCACCGAAGAUCACAGUUUUGCUGUUGCUAAAGACGUUACACUUGCCCGUAUAGCCUCGCCUAUCUCAACAAAUCGAACUUAUCAGCAUGCAUUUUUGAGCGGGUUGCGUUCCUAUUUCGAAAACUCGGCACGAAUCGUCAAACAGAACGACGUUAUUGCCGUUCCUAUUGAUACAUUACUGGCCCAGACAACGUUUAGCUCAAACACCGAAGAAGAAGUACCUGCACUUUCCGGAAAAGCUAAUGAAAUUGUCUGGUUCAAAAUCGCUGCCUUGGAUGGCGGGGACUCUGACGAGCAGUUUUCAAUUUCCCCCGCGCAUACCCGCAUGGUUCAAUCAGGCUUUGUCUCAGAGCCCGGCGUUCCUUCGAGUCUGGGUUGGCACUCAUAUUACAGUUUGAAACCCCUUCCACCUCUUUUGGCAAAUCCAGAGCAGUUCAAGCAUGUAUGGCAGGUCCGCAAGCUUGUCAAAGCCAGCCAGACACCUCGUGGAACCACCUUACAUCCAACCAUACUGCUCAGCAGCAGCAAACGGGGAGCAGGAAAGUCUACAACCUUGAGAGUGGUGGCUGCUGAUCUUGGUGUUCACGAAAUGGACAUUGACUGCUACCAGCUGGUGGGCGAUGCCGACGCAAAGACUUUAGGAGCACUGAAGGCCCGUUUAGAGCGUGCAUCCUCGUCAAUUGCGCCUUGUCUGGUUGUUCUCCGUCACAUCGAAGCUCUUGCCAAAAAGAAUGACACUGAUGGCCGCGAUAGCGGUCUGAUCAGCUCGCUCGGUGAGCUUCUUGAUGAAUAUGUUGCCAAGCCUGGUAUGAUCAUUACUGCAACAUGUGCGGAUCCUGAUGUGCUUUCUGAUUCUGUGCGUAACAAGUUCAAAUUCGAGGUGAAUGUGCCUGUUAUUAGCGAGACAGAACGUAAGGCUGUGUUUGCCCAUCUAACGUCUAGUGUAUUGCCUGCUAGCCGGCUAGCGGGGAAACAUCGUGAUGUGUUAGAGGGUUUUGCGCUGAGGUGUGAUGUAUCUCUUGCUUCUCUAGCCCUCCAAUCAGCAGGUCUCACGCCCCCUGACCUUGAGUCGAUUGUUCGAGUAGCCCAACAACAGGCCUAUCGACGCAUUGUCAAAGAAACGAACCCUCGGGACUGGAUCAUUUCUCAGAAGGGUGUAAUCAAAAUUACUCCUGACGACUUUGAAAAGGCCAUCACCGAUGCUCGUGCCAAGUACAGCGACUCUAUCGGUGCGCCACGCAUCCCCAAUGUUCAAUGGAAAGAUGUGGGUGGUCUUGAAAACGUCAAAGGAGAGAUUAUGGACACCAUCGAGAUGCCGCUCAAGUACCCCCAGUUGUUUGCAAGCGGUGUCAAAAAGAGAUCUGGUAUCUUGUUCUAUGGACCACCUGGCACAGGCAAGACUCUACUGGCCAAGGCUAUUGCUACAACGUUCAGUCUCAAUUUCUUCAGUGUUAAAGGACCUGAGCUGCUGAACAUGUAUAUCGGUGAGUCUGAGGCGAAUGUACGCCGUGUAUUCCAAAAGGCCCGAGAUGCAAAGCCUUGUGUUGUGUUUUUCGAUGAAUUGGAUUCGGUUGCUCCGAAACGUGGCAACAAGGGCGACUCUGGUGGUGUUAUGGAUCGCAUUGUCUCUCAGUUACUUGCCGAGCUCGACGGUAUGAGUCAAGGCUCAGACGGUGUGUUUGUGAUUGGCGCCACCAACAGACCCGAUCUUCUGGAUGAAGCGCUGCUGCGUCCUGGCCGUUUUGACAAAAUGCUUUACCUUGGUGUCUCUGAUACACACGAUAAGCAGCGGACCAUCAUUGAGGCCCUCACCCGCAAGUUCGAUCUCGCCGCGGAUGUGGACCUCGCUCAAGUGGCAGAAAAGUGUCCAUUCACAUACACUGGUGCUGAUUUCUAUGCGCUGUCUUCUGAUGCUAUGCUCAAUGCCAUGACCAGAACUGCUGGUGAGGUGGAUCUCAAGAUCGCCGAGUACAAUAAAGCCCGUGAAGCGAGCGGCCAGCCUCCUAUCACGAUUCGCUCGUGGUUUGAGCAUGUAGCUACCGACGAGGACACGCACGUCCAGGUGACAGUUGCCGAUUUCGAGAAAGCCCAGAACGACCUGGUCCCCUCGGUGAGUGCCGACGAGUUGGCUCACUACCAGCGAGUUCGAAAUACAUUCGAAGCCAAAGCCACCUCUCCUGAACCAAAUGGCCAGACCAAUGGCGCCAAUCCAGCAAAACGCGAAAAACUUCUACCCAAUGGUAAACAUCUUUUCCAGGCUAAAACCGCCCGUGACCUGAUUACGCAAGCCAAUUACAUGACAGAGGAGGUCGACUAUAGCGGCGUUCCAAGCGUGGUUUUAGAGUCACUACGAGUACGUCUGUCGCAGCUGGUUCACUCUUUGACGGCUCUUUUACACAGAGUGCAGAGCGCAGAGCUUCCAGCAUGGCCGGCUCUUCACCAACAGUUCAACCUCAGCAUCCUGCAGCUCUCCUCGCUGGUCUCUACGUUGGAGACUUUCCACACCAAUCUAGGAUGUGCUGUAACGUAUCCCAUGCCUACAUUUCCUGUGAAAACCCAAGGAUGGCUGCUAACGACGUUACUGCGCAAAAAAAACCUCCCCGAGGUUGACGAGUGGAUAGACGCUGGCAUCGCUGCUGCCCAACGCAUUGAUACCGACCAAAGCAAGAGUUUCAACGACUGGGUUCUCAGCAUCAUCCCUGAGAACGUCGAGCUUGAGCCAUUCGAGAAAAUUAAGGCCCCUCAGCCGCCUACUGGGUGGUCACUCAAGCAGUCAAUUAGCUUCAUGACUGAAGAAGCGACGUUAAAACGAGUACAAAGAGACCUACGGGACAUCCAGAAAGUGAAUUCAUGGCGACCACACCCAGAGGAUGUGAUGAAGCCUGAGGAGUCUGUUUUCUAUCACCAUUUAAUCAAUCCUACUGGCACCCCUCCUCCGGGGUUUAUGCAGUUCCGGGCUGAUGAGUUCGAAUCUACAACCACCGACGAAUCUACCGCUUGCAUACCUCUACCUGAACAGCAAGAGCACAUCAAAACUGUAUAUGAAAGUGGACCGCAAUUGAGAAUAUCUAUUACCUCAUUUAAACCGAGAACUAUUUAA